UAAUGCAUACGGGCUCUCCCCGCCGCUCGACCGCCGCUCCCCUGACAUAGAGGGCGGGGUCCUCCGAAGCGCGGAGAGUCGCGGGGGAACCACCGAGAGUCCGGCUCAGCGGCGAGAGCGGCGCAGGAACUGGCAUUCGCGUGCUUGUCGCCAGGCAACGGCCGUCAACGCGGCGGCGGGCAGGAGCUGCGGGCCGAGCCCCGCGCUGCCCCGGGCCGCGGGCGGGCCUGCCGGGUCCCCGGGGCGGUGGGAGACCGAUAAGAGUAAGCGAGUGGCGACGCAGCGUGCCGAGGAGGCCGGGCGUAGCGCCGGCCGCAGCCCCUCAGGCACUGAAUGGCUUUGUUUCCACCGGUGGAUUCUGUGGUGGCAGCUACUACGCUUGUUCCCAGCUGCCAGCUGGAACACCAGAAGAACAACUUUCAACAUGAACUCAUACCUGACAAAGAGGAGAGUUUAAAAGAUCUCUAUGCCCGAAAGAGCCGAAGCUAUUCGUAUUCUCUUUCUGCAGAGAAGAGUCCAUACAGCUCCAGGCAAGGAGGCUUCUGUUCAGCUGGGCUGCAGAGCAAGUAUCUCACUGGCCAGACCAAGACUCUGCCAGCUAAAUCUGUAGCCAGACGGAAAGAAGGAGUGGACCGUGCAUAUCCCCUGAAACCAAUUUUUCAUCAUAAGGGUGUGAGUGUUCCAGUGGUCAACACAGCACAGAUUGGAAGCUCCCCAUACAUGGAGGACAGUCCAAAUAGUAGGCCUAGCUCAGUGAGCAAAGGGAAGCCUCCAGCAGGGAGGUCUCAGCUAGCUGCAGUGCUCUCUUCUUGGACAACAGAGCCUAAACAGUCACACAGGAGAGAGCUGGCCUAUAUCCUAAAGUUGGAAGAAGAUGGACGGAACCUGGAAGAGGAAAUUCGUAAGAAAGAGGCCCUCCUCAGAGAGAAGCUGAGGAGAACAAAGGAGGAGCUUCGGAGGAUUCAAAGAGAGAAGGAGCUUGUCGAGGCAGAGGAGAGAAGAGACAGAGAAGAGGAGAGGACCCAUGAGCAAAAGGCCACCAGGCACCCUGAAGAGAAAACCCUCAGAGUUGCAGUCAGGCCAGGUGAUGGGGUCUUCGAUGGGGCACAGUCUGCAGAGGCCACUGUCCCCACACCUGGCACCACCCUUUCCCCCCAAGAGCUGGCUAUGGGGAAACUCAAGAAGGAGCGGCUGGUGGCCAGCAACAGCAAAAUUCGAGACCGCGUACCCAUGGAGCAUUUAGCCUCUUGUUCAAAGCUGGCCACAAACCGUAGCCCUUCUCCCUCUGCCCUCUUGAAUAAAAUUGCUGGUGACCAUCCAUCCGCAGAGGUGCUGUACGUGCAGGCUGAUGGUGCUGUGCAGCAGGGGGGGCUCGGACAGUGCAGCUUCUGCGGACGUAAGUUUCUCUGCACCAGGCUUGAGAAGCACACGAGUAUCUGCGGCAAGAGCCAAGGCUCCAAGAGGAAAGUGUUUGACUCCAGCAAGGCCAGAGCUAGGGGCACAGAACUGGAACGAUAUCAGCAGUGGAAGAGCUCAGAGGGGCCUCAGAAUAAGCCACCCAGAGGGAACAACUGGAGACAGAAGCACGAGGUUUUCAUCCAGACCCUGCGCCAGGCCCGCCAGGUGCAGCAAAUCCUCUCCAUGGGAGGGAAGGUGUCUGACCUGCCCCCGUUGCCUCCCAUUGAAAACCCAGAGUACGUUGCCUGUCCCUACUGCAGACGCCGAUUUGCUCCCCAGGCAGCUGAGAGACAUAUUCCCAAAUGCAAAACCAUCAAGAAUAGGCCCCCGCCCCCACCGCGGAGGAGGCGCUGCUGAGGCGGUGUCCCAGUGUACCUGCUACUGUGAUUCCCUGCCUGUUUUCUGUCAGGUUUCCAGCCACAGACAUUUGUGCUUUCUCUAGACUCAACACUGGCUCCGAGUGUUGAGCUCGUACGUGCAGGAAGCGAGCAGCUGGGGAUGAAUAAGCAGAAUACCAGAACUUGUGUACUUUGACCUGUGCCCUGGGUUGUCCCACAUGGGAUGCCCCUCUGAGGGCCGCUUCUCCCAUCCAGUGAGCACAAUGUGGAGUCUCGGUGUAGGUGUAAGGCUGUCACUGUUCAGUCAGCUGAGCAGGGGAGAAAGGCUGUUGCUACAGGCUGUCAGCAGGACAGCAGCGAGGAGCAAACCAACCAUCAGAAAGGAGCUGUUCUUCAGAAUCAUAUUAUGCCUGUAGGUUAGGGAUGCUUGGGCUUUUUUUUUUUUUUUUUUUUUUUGUAACAGCUAGUGGCACCUGAUGUGAAGAAAGCUGCUCUCCUUUAGUUCAUCAGUGGCUGCACUCUGGUUUUUCCCUUCUCCAAAAGCAGAGUAGUGCUGUUCAUGAGAAGAGCUGGGCCAAACAGAGCAUCUGCCUUUUGUUUGUUCUACUGCUCUGUGGGAGCAGAUGUUCGCCCCUGAAUGUGCUAAGAGGGACAGUGGUUCUCCAUGGUGUAGCACUUUUAUUGUAGCUACCUACAAGAGAUUGGGGUACAAGGGGUGCCCCUCUUUUUCCACAGAAAUGACUCUACAGUCGUCUAAACUAUUUAUCAUUUAGACAAGGCAUUUGGAAAAGUCAGAGAGAGGGAGGGGAGGAAGCUAUGUAAGCAGUUAACUUUUUUGCAGCACAGACUGUUGUGUUCUUCUGUCCUUGGUAUCUGCGCUAGAUAACAGGAUCCAGAGCUGCUGCUUGGUCACUGCUUGUGCUCUGUCCUCGUUGUUGUAGCACUGUUUGGUUGAAUAAUGAAAGCUGUGUAGGUAAGUUUAUUCCAUGCUUGUUCUGCAGCAGACCAAGAGUUUAUUUAGAUGCUUUUAUAGAAUGCUGGUGACAAUCCUGGGGCUACAUCUUCCCAGCUGAAGAUCUGUAACAUUACCAUUUAGAAAUACAGUGUGAUGUUGUUUGAA